UGUACACUUCUUUCUCAUCUUGUGAAGACUUACAAUCACGGCGAUUUGAUACUCAAGUGGUGAUUAACGUUAAGAGUGAUGUUUACCUUUAUUGGCUCCAUUGCACUCCUAUGUGUUGCUACAUUUGCAGUUGGUGCCGAUUUAAAGAAUGCAAUUAAAAGAAAUAAAGCUUGCAAAGAAGCUAUGGACAUUGGAAUAAUCAUGGACGCAUCAAGUAGCGUAAGAAGGAAGAAUUACAACAAGAUGAAGCUCUUUAUCAAAGACAUGGUGAACGAUUUUGAAAUUUCUGAAAAGAAUGUCCGAUUUGGUAUCAUUCAUUACUCAAACUAUGCUCGCCUGGACUUCAGCUUCAACGAUCGCCGUUUCCAUAACAGAAACAACCUCAAGGCAAAAAUUGAUUCCAUCGUAUAUUCUUACGGUGGCACUCGUACAGAUCGGGCACUAAGGCUGGCCAGCAGGAAAUUGUUCUGUUUAUCUUGCUCCCGCGUCAAAGCAAGAAAGGUUUUGAUAGUCAUCACAGAUGGCAACACAAACAGAUCUUCUGAGAGUCUGGAGAGAGCAAGCAGAUACAUGAAGGAACAAAAUGUGAUUAUUCUGUCCCUUGGCAUUGGAAACAGAAUAUCGAUGUCAGAAUUACUGGAAAUUGCAUCAGAGCCAAAAGAAAAGCAUGUCUUCAAGCUUAAUUCCUUCGAUGAUUUGAAAUCGAUGCUGAAUUCGAUUGAGGAACAAGCGUGUGCCAAAAUACUCUAAUCUUGUACGUAGUUGCAAGCAUCUUUGGUGCCCAGUUUAAGAAGUAUCAACAAGUCUAAAAACAAUUUAUACAAAAAUGUAUUUAUCAUGAAUUUAGAACGUUUGAUGUGCUAUGAAAACUAUAAGUGAA